UGAAUUCUCAGUCCUCUCAGCACAGCUGCGUUUGGGAGAGGAGCUGGAGCAGGUCCCUGACGGCUCUUCAUCAUGACUCCACUCCUCUUUCUGCUCCUCUUCCUCCUUCAUCGACUUCCAGGUGCACUAUGUACUGUGACCACAAUCGAAAACCAGGCUGUAUUAGAGGGUCAGUCAGUGAUCAUUCCUUGCCAUUACAACCCUCAGUACACGCAGAACGUGAAGUACUGGUGUAAAGGCUCGAUGAGGGAGUUCUGCAGCAGCUUGGCUCGUACUGAUGAUCCGGAAUCGGCUCCGUUUGGGAAGGGAAAACUAACCAUAGCUGAUGACCCGGCCCAGUAUGUGUUCACCGUCACCAUGCGAGAGCUGAAGGAGGAAGACUCAGGCUGGUACUGGUGUGGAGUGGAGGUUGGCGGCAUGUGGAGUGUGGACAGCACUGCGUCCAUUUAUAUCAGUGUCGUACAUGGUAUGAGAGUGGAGAGCAGCAUGGUCAGUGGUGAGGAAGGCAGCAGUGUUGUUAUGCAGUGCCUCUACAGCGAAAAAUACAGAGACAGUGAGAAGUGAUGGUGCAGGAGUGGCCACUUGAACUCAUGCAUAGUGACGGAUGCUAACGGAACAUUCAGCAGCAGAUCUGUGCUCAUCAGAGACGACAGGAAGGAUACUGUUACCGUGACGAUGAGGAGGCUGGAGUUGCGGGAUGCAGGAUGGUACUGGUGCGGAGCCGGCCAGCAGCACGUGACCGUUCACGUGUUAGUCACGCCAAGACCAACCACCACACAGUCUAUUACAACGCCUGGCAGCUUAACCACAAAGUAUCCGGUCAUGGUAAAGGCACCAGACACCAAAAGUCCUGUGUUCUGGCAGCCUGUCCUGACGGUGUGUGGAGCUCUGCUGCUCCUGCUGAGUGCAGUCUUGGUAUCAUGGAGGAUGAUGGAGCAGUGGAGGAAGAAACCAAUGACAAGAGCAGCACAUGACACAAAAGCUAGACUAAUGUUGAGCCCAAUGAAUGGUAGGGAUGGAGAGAACACUUCACUCCUCUUCCUGAACUCCUCAGUCCAGCAGGUCCAAAUACCCUGAUCGAGAACACAUGGGUUCUAAAAGAAGGUCUGGAAAAAGAAGAAGAGAGGAAGACACUGAAAGAAGAACUUAAGAGAUAAUAAGAAGCUUUAAGAUGUUUAUUUGUUGUAUUAUUUUAAAGUUGAACAUUAGGUACAUCCGUUUUUUUAUCAGUUUGUAAUGUAGCUUUUUAUUUCAGGAUUUUAUCAAAAUGUUUAUACAUAUCAGUUUUCACUAGUGAUUGUCAAUGCAUUUGAAUAUAUGUUGAUUCUUCCACACAUUAAACACUUAAAUCAUACACACUGGCCCAGAUUUACUUUAAAAACAUAAGACCCUGUUUACACCUGGUAACGUUAUACAUCUUAAGUAUUAAGAUUAUUUCAGGAUUAGGCUAAAAAGACAUAAAAUGCAAGUGUAAAAAUAAUCCAAAAUUGAUUUAAUCCAGUUAUAAAUCUACUUACUUCAACUAAUUCAGGAGAUGGUCUGAGACGUAUUUAAAACAGAUACAAAUCUACUUACUUAAACUAAUUUAAGAGGUGGUCUGAGACCUGAAGUAGUUUGAGUGAUCCAAUUUUAUAUCUGUUUUAAAUCUGUCUCAGAUCACCUCCUUAAGUGGUUUGUUUGAGUGAUCAGAUUUGUAUCAGUUUUUAAAUUAGUCUCAGACCACCAAGCUGAAGUGGUUUGUUUGAGUUUUCAUAUUUGUACCUUUUAAGUUUGUCUCAGACCACCUCCUGAAAUAGUUUGAGUGAUACAAUUUUAUAUCUAUUUUAAAUUCGUCUUAGACACCUUGUUUGAGUAAUCAGAUUUGUAUUGGUUUAAAUUUUUCUCAGACCACCUUCCGAAGUGAUUUGUUUAAGUGAUUGAAUUUGAAUCUGUUUUAAAUUAGUCUCAGACCACCUUCUGAAGUGGUUCUGUUUGAGUGAUCAGAUUUGUAUCUAUUUUAAAUUAGUCUCAGACCACCCACUGAAGUGGUUGGUUUGCUUGAUCUGAUUUGUAUCUGUUUUAAAUGUGUCUCAGACCACCUCCUGAACUGGUUCUGUUUGAGAGAUCAAAUUUGUAUCAGUUUUUGUAAUGCGUCUUAGACCAUCUCCUGAAGUGGUUUGAGUGAUCCAAUUUUAUAUCUAUUUUAAAUGUGUCUCAGACAACCUCCUGAAGUACUUUGAGUGAUUGAAUUUGUUUCUGUUUAGAAUGUGUCUCAGACCAUCUCCUGAAGUGACUUGUUUAAGUGAUCAAAUUUGUAUCAAUUUUUAAAUUUCGUCUCAGACCACAUUCUGAAGUAGUUUAUUUGAAUAAUCGUAUUUGUAUCAGUUUCUAAUGUGUCUCAGACCACAUUCUGAAGUAGUUUAUUUGAAUAAUCGUAUUUGUAUCAGUUUUUAAUGUGUCUCAGGCCAUAUUCUGAAGUAGUUUAAUUCUAUAAGUGGUUUUGUUUGAGUGAGUGGACUUGUAUCGGUUUAAUGCAUCUCAGAUCACCUCAUGAAGUGGUUUGUUUGAAUGAUAACAUUUGUAUCUGUUUUAUAUCUAUUUUAAAUUCGUCUCAAACAAUUCUAUAAGUGGUUUUGUUUGAGUGAGUGGACUUAUAUCGGUUUAAUGCAUCUCAGAUCACCUCCUGAAGUGGUUUGUUUGAUUUAACGUAUUUGUACAUGUUUUAAAUUUAUCUCAGACCACCUCCUGAAGUGGUUUCAGUGAGUUAUUUAUAUGUGGCUUGACCUUAUCCAGAUAUAAUUCUUGAUACUGAAGAUGACCAGAUGUAAACAGGUGUCACUCCUCAUCGGAAAGCUGUUUGCUAAUUGUGUGGAAAAGUAUUAUUCGUAUGAAAUCCAGAUAUUUUCUAAAGCAAAUGACUGAUUUUGAUUAUCACAAUUGUACUUUCUCUGUGAGCCCAGGAUAUUGAUGCCCAGUUUGUUUUAUUGUAGGGACUGUAUGAAGAGGUUAUCAUUAUGAAUGUGCUUAGCAUUGUUUUUUGUUAAAUGACUUAAAAUAUAGUAAUGUGCCUUUGAUUAGCAGAUGUUUGUGAGUUUGUAUAUUAAUGUACAUCAUCUGUUGUUGGUCUAAUUCUUUAAUAGAAUCUACAUAAAUAUUAAAAUCCGUUCUCAGUCCUGUCA